UCGAAGAAAGAUGAAAGGCAUCAUGAGGACCUUCAUUGUGUGUGCGUUGAUGAGCGUUGUGGCUGCCCUCCCCGGCCUUCGUCUGCGGCGAGACUCCUCGCCCGAUCUCUUCGAGGUGCCCUCCAACACCUCCCUGGUUCUGGGCGGCAUCAACACGGGCUUCGACUGCGCUGACCUCCCCUACGGCUACUACGCCGACGAGGCCAACAACUGCGCCAUCUUCCACGUGUGUCUGCCCUACAUCGACCACAACGUGUACAUCUCCCGCCACUUCUCCUUCAUGUGCGCGCCUGGUUCCAUCUUCGACCAGGAGCGCCUCGCAUGCACCCGCCCCGAGUUCGCCCGUCCCUGCGCAGGCGGCGAAGGCUACAGGACCUCCAACGGCUACUUCGGCCGGAGUGACAUCAACUUCCUUGAGUAGUCAUGGUUGUUUAAGAAAAUGAUUCCUGAUUGGACAUACUGCGUUAUACAACUGGUUGUUAUAAAACAUAUUUUUUUUGCUGCAUGUGACGAUUUUCAAUAAAGUAUUUCACUUAUUGGA